AUGACCUUCGCUCCGAUCCAUCAGUCGUUAUGCAACACCUGCCGACUUCGAUCUCUAGUGGCAGCAAAACAAUGCGCUAGAGUGCGAACACCAUCCGCACGAGACUGGACACGACCUAGACAACCAGCAUUCGCACGAUACUUGCAUACCUCUAGGGUCUCCUCGCAGCAACAGAAGUCUGCUAGACAAGAAGACGAUACAUUACUCAAGCAAUCUACUGGAUUGAAUCAGAGAUCGGACAAGAAAGCUUCCCGAGCAGAAGAAAUAGCACGGCAAGCAGAGGACGACUUUGAACUGGAAGAUGUAGAUACACUCGCCACCGAAGACACAAAGGCGCCACAGUCAAUAAAGUCUCUUAAUGCUUCGCCUGAAGAUGUGGCGCGAGCGGCUCGUCAACGAUUUGGAGAUGCACUACCUGAGGAUUUGCUGAGCGACAAGCAAUACGCAGCAUACGAACGUUUAUACGGACCACCGAUCGGACACACGAGUAACGAAACGGUUGACUUUGAGGAGAAUGAGCUGGAAGGAGAGUUGGACGAAACAGCCAAUGUUGGCACAGGCAUCUUGAAGGAGAAUGCAGAUGGUGUGCUUGAGGAAGUCGAGUACAUUGAAGAAGAGGAGGACUUACAGGAAGAGGAAGAACAAGAGCUGGUUGAAGAAGAUGCAGAUGUCGUUGCGGAAGCGGAGCCGAAUAUGGUUGAGGAUCUGGAUGCUCAGACUAUCAAGGACAUCGCUGCCCUGCGUGUGUCUCAAGACCUGCUCGACGAUUCCCAGGAACAGAUUGAGGAACCCUACGAUCACACACGAGCACAUCCUUUGACUGUUGAGAAUCGAUUCGGCACGCCGUCUUCUACCGUACAACUGCCGGCUUCUUCGUUUGUAGAUCCUGUCACUCGGCUCGUGUCUGGUGUUCCCAACAAACACAUCUCGGAGGUUGCUCAUCGUAUCUUUGGUGGUGUUGGCCUACCAUACUCGACAUCAACGCCCCAGCGUGCGGUGAACAUGCCGCAGAAGGCUAUACCUCUCAACCCUGGUCAAGGCAGAAUGAGCGAAAUGGACGCCGAUAUCUUUACGACUACUCUUAUGCCCGGUAUCUAUGCCAGCGUGUUCAGCGUUUUGGUGGAAACCCGCAAACGCUUGGGCAGCUCAUGGCUCGAGGGUCUGUUGACCAAGGAUGGCGGUCCCCGCAUCCUCGAUGCCGGCGGUGCAGGUGUGGGUGUCAUGGCUGCCAGAGAUGUCCUUCAAGCAGAGUGGGAGCGCAUGCAUGACACGACCGGCGGCAAGACCGGUGGCGAGUCCAUACCUGCUCCUGUAGGCAAGGCUACCGUCUUGACCAGCAACGAAGCCUUGCGACAUCGCUCCAGCAAACUCCUUGACAACACCACUUUCCUUCCUCGUCUGCCUGACUACAUGCACGCUACUGAUGAGUCCGCACGUGAGCGCGGCAAGUACGAUAUCAUCAUCGCGCCGCACACUCUGUGGCCGCUAAAGGAAGACCACAUCCGCAAACAGCACGUCAAGAACCUGUGGAGUCUGCUCAGCACAGAUGGUGGUGUCUUGGUGCUGCUGGAAAAAGGCGUUCCUCGCGGCUUCGAGAUGGUAGCUGCAGCUAGAGAACUACUUCUCAACUCACGCAUCUCCUCUCCUGGCAACGAGGCCAUGUCCGAAGACGUUGAAGGACCAGGAGAAGGCACAGUGUGGGGCAAGCAGCCCAAAGACAAGGGUAUGAUUGUGGCUCCCUGUACGAAUCACCUCGGUUGCCCUAUGUACGUCAACCGUGGUAUCAGCAAGGGCCGCAAGGACUUUUGCCACUUUAAGCAACGCUACAUUCGACCUCCGUUCUUGCAAAAGAUCCUCGGAGCCAAGCACAGAAACCACGAAGAUGUCGAGUUUUCGUACGUCAGCGUCAUGAGAGGUCGCGAUCUUCGUGACAAAGACGAGCAAAACAUCAUCCAAGGUGAAGUCGCCACAGACCGAGCAUUCAUCGGUUUCGAGAACCCUCAGGCUCUGGCCGACGAGCAAGUCGAAGACGAAUUCGAUCCCACAGCCCCUGCCGUGCCAGACAUGGAAGCAGAAACACCUGAAGGCGAAAACCCUCAUUCACUGAGUCUACCUCGUAUGGUUCUUCCACCUCUGAAACGACAAGGCCACGUCAUCAUCGACCUCUGCACGCCAGCCGGCACCCUCGAACGCUGGACAGUGCCCAAAUCCUUCUCUAGACAGGCCUACCGUGACGCGCGCAAAUCCUCCUGGGGCGACAUUUGGGCUCUAGGCGCCAAAUCACGAGUGCCCAAGAACGUACGCGUGGGUAGAGGAAAAGAGGAAUUGGGAGGUGUGGAGAAGAAGAGAAGCAAAGCAAAGAAUACGGUCGAGGUUGGCUAUGAUUCGGCAGGUAAUAUUAAGGAAGAGGAUGUCAAGGUCAAGACCGGUGGAAGAAUGAGACAGGGCAAGAUCAAGGGUAUUAGGGAUAAGCGUGACAAGAAGGCCGAUGGAAGGGGAAGAAGGAAGAACUUGGACAAGGAGUGA